AGUUCGGGCCAAGCGUAAGUAAAAAGAUUGGGCUGCCCAUCUCUCCUACGGUUCAGAAAAACCCUAGCUUCUCUGUUAUUUAGAAAGGCGACAAGCAUCGUCUCUGGAAGAAUUUUGUCUUAGGGGUUUUUGGUGAGGGAGGGAUGGGUUCGAAAAAAUCGAACGACGGGAAGAAGAAGGAGAAGAAGGAAUCUGAUAGUGCAGGUGGUGCGGAAGAUAGAAGAAGUAAAAAUGGAGGGAAGAUCGUCACCGACGCUCGGUUCUCGUCCCUACACUCGGACCCUAGAUUUCAGAAGGUUCCGAAGCACAAAACCAAGGUUGAAAUUGACUCUCGCUUCAACCGCAUGUUCCACGACAAGAGCUUCACUUCAUCCUCUGCUCCACUGGACAAGAGAGGAAAACCUAAGAAAGACAGGUCGGGAAACACUUUGAGCCAUUAUUAUAGACUCGAAGAACAAGAAGAGGAAGAGAAGAAGAAAGAAAUUAGCAGUGAGGAAGACGAAGACGAGAAUGAGAUUCGGAAGUUGUCCGCUUCUGAAUCGGACGGUGAAUCGGAGCUAUCUGGAGCGGAGUAUGAUUCGGAGAGUGAUGCUUCUUCCACUGGUAGUGAUACAGAUGAAGAGGAUGACGGAGUUUACUCGGAGGAAGAGUCACCCGCACAAGAGGAAAAUAUACCGGUAAUCGAACAAGAAACACACCGGCUGGCUGUUGUUAAUAUGGAGUGGAGACAAGUGAAGGCUGUUGAUCUUUUUAUGGUGCUGAGCUCAUUUCUCCCUAAAGAUGGACACAUCCUUUCUGUGGCUAUCUAUCCCUCUGAGUUUGGACUUAAGCGUAUGGAAGAGGAAGCAGUACAUGGUCCUAUAGGCCUGUUUGAUGAUGAAAAAGAGCAAAGUGAUGAUGAUGGCGAUAAUGAGAUUGAUGAUGAGAAGCUGCGUGCUUAUGAGAAAAGUCGGCUAAGUUAUUACUACGCUGUGGUAGAUUGUGAUUCCAGUGCUACAGCAGAUUACCUCUAUAAAGCUUGUGAUGGAAUUGAGUUUGAAAGAUCAUCAAAUGUUCUGGACUUAAGGUUUAUUCCUGACUCAAUGGAGUUUAAGCAUCCUCCCCACGACAUUGCAACAGAGGCACCAGCAAAGUAUGAGGGUUUGGAUUUCCAUACUCGAGCACUGCAACACAGUAAAAUCCAUAUUUCUUGGGAUGAAGAUGAACCUCAACGAGCAAAGACCUUGAAACGAAAAUACAAUGAUGAUGAGCAAGCUGAGUUGGCAAUGAAGGAGUUUUUGGCUUCUGAUACCGAUGAGAGUGAGACAGAUGAUAAUGAGAAUGAUGACCAAUCUGAUAAAGAGCAUAAGAGACAAAAUAAGUACCUUGCUUUAUUAGAGUCUGGGGAUGGCUCUGAUAGAGAUGAUGAGGAGGAUGGCCAGGAUAUGGAAGUCACUUUCAAUACUGGAUUGGAGGAUAUAAGCAAGCGCAUUCUAGAAAAGAGAGAGAAAAAGUCAGAAACAGUUUGGGAGGCUUAUCUCAAGAAGAGAAGCGAGAAAAGGAAGGCUAGAAAAAAUAGGUCCAAGUAUUCAUCAGAGGAUGAGAGUGAUGAUACUGAUCAAGAACUAAUGGAACAACCGGAUGACUUUUUUGUGGAAGAGCACUCUGCCAAAGGAACUAAGGAGGUAACUCAAGGUAAAAAUGACAAGAAAAAGAAGAAGCUUCAGCAAGAAACUGGUAAGGAAGCCGAGGUUAGCAGGGCAGAGCUUGAGUUAUUGCUAGCUGAUGAAGAGGGAGCAGAUACCAGUGUGAAGGGAUAUAAUUUGAAACGUAAAAAGAGUAAGGGGAGAAAAGGACAAGAAGCUCCAGAUGAAGACAAAAUACCAGCUGUUGACUAUGAUGAUCCACGGUUUUCAUCUCUCUUCACGUCACCUCUCUUUGCUUUAGAUCCGACAGAUCCACAAUUCAAAAGGAGUGCAACCUAUGCUCGCCAGUUGGCGCAGAAGCAGCAGCAGAAGAGUGAUGGGGAUGCAUUGCGGGGAAAGGAGGCAAUGAAGUUACAGAAACAAACCCGACCCUCAUCUGAUGGCCCUGAGGCAAACAAAGACGAGCCCUUGAUGUCUGAUGUGUUGUCAUCAAAGAGAGAGAAGCACGAGCUGUCCUCAUUAGUUAGGUCAAUUAAGACAAAGUCGAAGCAAGUUAAAUUGCCCUCCAAUGGCAAGAAGCCUAGGAAAAGUGAAAAUAUGCUAUUUAACAAGAAGGAAGAGAAGGGACAAGAUCACGAACUAUCGUCUUUGGUUCAAUCGGUUAAGAAAAAGGCUAGAGUUUUACAAAAGUGAAACCAAUCCUUUUUUUCCCUUUGAGUCCCUCAAAAACCUGCUACCUGAAUUUUCUAGUGAGUGUCAAAAGGAAAUAGAAGGCAGAAGCAGCAAACAUAGGUGCGGCAUAGGACAAACUUUUGAGAGAGAUGAGUGAUUAUUUUAUGAAGUUUUGUAAUUAUGUAGCCUGAUACUGGGUUUUUGUAUUUGGACCCUUUUUGUAUCGUAUUGGUUUGGCACAUUUCAGUGUUGGAUGUCAUCCCAUGCUGUUGAGGGUUCAGGUAAAGGAAUAAAGAACUUCUGAUCAUGAUGGCCAAA